AUGCAACCGGUGCGAACGAGGUCAUUUGCGCGAUCUUUUUUUGCGGCAUCGAGCUAGCGGUGUAAGACACUAGAAUGCUAUUUUUGGUGCGGCGUUUUUUGCACGCCGGCAUCGCGAGCACAAGGAUCGUGCGUGCGGAAAAGCCCUAGGAACUAGUACCCUCCUUCACAUCUGGCAGCUGCCAGGAGAAGCGCGCGAACCUCGAUCAUUGGAAAGCAUCUGACUUGCCAGUUGAUUCUAAAACACAACCGCAAGAGCCAAAACAAACACAAGAAGCCAAAACAAACACAAGAGAGCCAGAGAUGUCGGAGCAGGCCGAGGGCUGGCACACCGACGCGAGCGGCCUGCGCGUCAAGAAGUGGGACCCGCACCGCGAGACGCGGCGGCGCGGCUACGAGCGGCAGCUGCAGCAGCACCAGGUGCGGCGGCUCGAGGGCGCGACGCCGUCGUCCUACGCCUCGAACCAGCCGGGCACGCUCGCGGCGCGCGGCGCCGCCGCGCGCGCCAAGGCGCAGCAGUCGCGGGACGCGCGCGUGGGCCGCGCGAAGAAGUUCAACGACCGCCACGCGGAGGCGCUCGUGCGGCGUCAGAAGCAGGGCGCCGCGGCGUCGCACCGCGAGAACGACCGCUACAUGGCCGACUUCCGCGACGCGUACGGCCUCGCGGCGCCGGCCGAGCCGGCCGGCGGCCCGCGCGGCGCGGCCUGCGCCUUCUCGCGCGCGCGCGUCGCGUCGUGGGGCAAUCGAGAGGUCGACGCGGCCGCGGCCGACGCGUUCCGGCGGGGCCCGCGCGACCCGCGCGGCGCGCUCGUCGACUGCAGCGACCGGCCGCUCCUCGCGAUGUCCGUGUCGGACGACGGCGCCGACGUCGUCGCGGGCGGCGCGGACCACGCGGCCCACGGCGUCGACGUGGCGCGCGCCGGCGCCAGGCCCCAGCGCCAGUACCACGGCAAGGCGCGCGGCCACCACGAGUGGGUGACGGGCGUCGCGCACUGCGGCGGCCGGAGCGUCGCGACGUGCGGCGCCGACGGGCGGCUCUGCCUCUGGCGCUCGCCGCACGCGUGCGAGGAGCUCGUCACCGCGGACGGCGCGGCGUCGCUCUCCGUGCUGCUGGCCGACGCCGCGCGGCCGCAGCUCCUCCUGGCGGCGGGCUACGACGGCACGGCGCGGCUCUUCGACGUCGGCGGGCGGCGCGCGCGCGAGGCGGGCCGGCUGGCGCCCGGCGGCGGCGCCGGCCGCGCGCCGGUCCUCUGCGCCGCCUGGGACCGGGAGGCCUGCGGCCUCGGCGACCGCGACGGCCGCGUGCUCGUCUACGACCUCGCGACCUGCUCGCGGACGCGGCUCCUCCGGCUCCCAGCGGCGUUUGCGCGAUGCCGCGCACGCGACUCACCGGUCGCUUUCCACCGCGCAGGCCCCACGAGGAGGCGGGCCACUGCGUCGCGCUCUGCGCGGUCGGCGACCGCCUCGUGAGCGGCCACCAGGACGGCCGCGUGCGGGGCUGGGACGCGCGCGACCGCGACGACCGGCCGGCCUGGACCGCGCCCGCGCACCGGGGCCGCGCCGGGGCCGGCGCGGCCUCGUGCGUCGCGGCGCUGGCGGACGACGCCCUCGUCGCGACGUGCGGCGCGGACCGGCGCGUCUGCGUCGUCGACCCGCGCGCGCCGGACGCGCCCGUCCACGCCUUCCGCGAGCACCGCGACUUCCCCUACUGCCUCGCGACGCUCGGCGGGGACCUCAUCUUCACGGGCGCCGGCGACGGCGCGCUGCUCUGCCACGACGUGCGCGGCGCCGGAAGCUGCGCGUGGGGCCUCGGCGCGGGCCUGAGCGCCGUGCGCUGCGUCGACGCGCGGCCGGGCCAGCUCGCCGCCGCGGGCGACGACGGCAACGUAAUGGUCUGGGAGUUUUGA